CGGCUCAUUUACAGCCCUAUUUAUUCAACAGUUUAUGUCCUCAUUUGUUUUUUUAUCUCCCAUCUUCUCUGGCUCUCUAUUUUUUAUGACUUUCUACGUAUGUUCUGAGAUUACAUAUUCUCAAUAUUAUAUAUAUAUAUAUAUAUGAUAACUUAGAACGCAAGGCAACGCACAAGGCUACAUAGUUUGAAGUUUAGAACUAGUGAGAGAGAGCUCAAGCGAGAGAAACCAUGGCGGCGAAGAGCAGCAGCAGCAACAACAACAACAAUAGGCGCAAGGCCACAUCGCUAUGUGAGAAUUCAAGCAAGAUCGCCAUGAACAUCGUCAGAGUAUCAUCCCUCUGCAUCGCCAGCCUCACUCUCGGAAUCAUCGGAGAUCGCGCCAGCGCACGCACGAGAACCGCUCGCUCUCCGACGGCAGCGGCAACGUCGUUGAUGAGUCUCGAUGAAGCGUUGAUCAGCAAGAGAUCGGUAGAACCGGAGAUCAAUCCGAGAUCAGCGUACAUUAUGGAGCCGCCGGCGAUGACAGCGGCGGAGGGAGAGGAUGGGGAUGGGGUUGAUUGGAGGGCGGAGGAUUACAUCAAGAGAUUCAGAGAGAGGAACAAAUCGAAUGCAAACGUUCGUGCAGAGAUCUCCAGGUGCAUUCCUCCACCUCCAAGCCGUGUCUUUUCUUCUCUUGCAUCCAAACCCUAAUUUCUCCUCCUUUUUUUAAAAAUAAAUAAAUAAAUGUUGUUGUGUUCUUGUGUGUA